GUCAUUGUGUUGGUGCACUGCGUAUGCAAUGAACUUCCUAACAUUUCUGCUCGUGUCUACAUUAUCAUAUUGAUUGCUUCUGGUGUUACAAACUCACGUGCUUCUACUCAUAUGCAGUCACCCUCUAUUAGCGAUCUAAACCGUCCAGGAGUAGAUUAACGGUUUACUGCAAUGCUUUCCGUCUCUCUUGUCACUUGUUUGUUGUCGCUUUGUUGGCAACUCCAAGAGAAUUCAGCUCAAGUCAACGUUGCUCUACACAAAACAGCAUCACAAUCGUCGGUAGGCAGUGUAUUUGUGGUUGGACGGACGCCCGCUUCCAACGCAGUGGAUGGAAAUACAAACAACAAAUUUUCAGGUGGCAGUGUCGCUAACACAUACAUUGAGCAAAAUCCCUGGUGGCAAGUUGACUUGGGCGACACCUACAGCAUUUCUAGAGUCGUCGUCUUUCCUUUCUACAGAGACGAUUACCUUAAAGAUUACACCGUAACUCUACUACUAAAACAAGGCAAUCAAUUUGUACCCCAGACCACCACGGACGUUUUUCCUUACUAUGAUGGAGAAACGGCACGAGCAUACGACUGGUGGCCUCCUCAGGAUCUUGUAAGAAUUGUUAGGAUUGACACGAAAGCAUCAACGAAGUUCACCUUACGCGUAGCAGAAGUGCAAGUUUAUUCAAGCAGACUUAGAACUGUAUCUCUAGGUAAACCUGCUCAACAGUCUUCACGUGGAUCAGUGGAUGGUGACCCAUCACGAGCAGUUGAUGGAAAUGUGAGUACAGCAGCUGUAACGAGUGAUGUCGAAAUGAACUCUUAUUGGAAGGUUGAUCUACAAGCACAAUACUGGAUUGGUCACAUUACCGUCAUACCAACAUGUUGUGACAAUAUCAACCAACAUGUAUCGGUAGAGAUCAGAAAUGCUGCGUCACAUGUCGUCUGUUCGUUUAAUGUACAAGUAGCUCUCGCAAAUUCUAGUGGGUUCGACUGCCGGCCUCCUGUUGUUGGUCAGUACGUGUCUAUCCUAAAGAGCGGAUCUGUUGGUGGGACGUUGAAUCUAGCAGAAGUUCAAGUUUAUUCAGUUUUUGUGAAUAACAUUGCGUAUAUGAAACCCGUCACUCUCAGUUCUGUACCAUCUGGUCAGUCUGAUGUUGGUGUGAAGUCUGUAGAUGGUAACAGACAUACCAAAGCUGUGACGGCUGGUGGUGAGAUGUCUCCAUGGUGGGAAGUGAAUCUUCAACAAGUUUACCACAUCAGCCGCUUGAGAGUCACUCUAGAUCCAAAUACCUCACAAAACAUCACCACACUGAAUGUGACAUUUAGCAACUCAAGCAGUGGAAUACAAUGGACUAUGUCUGUAUCAACGCAGUCGUUGUCCAACUGGUUGCUUCAACCUGAAGUAACAGACUGUGAUGUUAUUCGUCUCACAGCUGUUGGAUACAGUGGUGUGCUUGCUAUUGCUGAAGUGGAAGUAUUUCCAGGUGCAACAUACAGAGUACCAGCAAAUGAUACUGUUGGUGACGUUGGCCCUACAUUUCCUCCUGCAACUCCUCGACUCAUAACGCUUGGUCCUUCUACUACAAGCCCAGUGACUACAGCAGCAUCAACAGCAGCAGCAACAACAACAGCAGCAGCAGCAACAACAGCAGCAGCAACAACGAAAACAACAACAGCAACACCAACAACAGAGCCAACAAUGGCAGGAACAACAAAAGCAACAACAACAGCAGCAACAACAAGAGCAACAACAGCAGCAACAACAGCAGCAACAACUGCAGCAACAACAGCAACAACAAAAGCAACAAUAGCAGCAGCAACAGCAGCAACAACAAAGGCAACAAUAGCAGCAACAACAAAGGCAACAAUAGCAGCAACAACAGCAGCAACAACAGCAGCAACAACAGCAGCAGCAACAACAGCAGCAACAACAAGAGCAACAACAGCAGCAACAACAGCAGCAACAACAGCAGCAGCAACAACAGCAGCAGCAACAACAGCAGCAGCAACAACAGCAGCAGCAACAACAGCAGCAACAACAACAGCAGCAACAGCAGCAGCAGCAACGACAGCAGCAACAACAAGAGCAACAACAGCAGCAGCAGCAGCAGCAAAAACAGCAGCAGCAGCAACAACAACAACAACAACAACAACAACAACAACAAAAGCAGCAGGAGCAACAACAAGAGCAAAUGCAGCAGCAACAACAAAACUAGCAGCAGUAGAAGCAACAGCUAAGCCUGAAGACAGCACGGGUAGCUCAACGUCGGUAAUCCUGAUUGGCGCAGUUAUAGCAGGAGUUGUAGCGCUUGUUGCUAUUGUGGCACUCGUCAUUGUGACAAUAAUCAGGAGCAGGUCCACAACUUUACCUCUAGACGCCAUGGCUCUCGGUCACAGAAAAUUUCAAGCGAAGAAUUCAGCAUAUGAUGAAUUUCCACACACAUCAAGUGAAGAAGACUACUACCUGCAUCAAGGACGUCCUCUUCCCACCGUCCCACAAUCAAACAAUUACAUGGCAUUGAGCAAACAUUCUCGUGAGUCUACUUACAUUUCGCGGAAUGUCGACUUGUCACCAGGUCAUUCAUCCGGUAAAGUAUUUUGGACGGGAGGCAAACACAGUGUAGUAGAGAAUGGUAAGGUACAACAAGUAGGAAAUGCUGGUUCUAAUGCUCAUUACGAAUCCAUCGAGGAGUACAGACGCAAUGACGAACAAGACAAGAUGACAAAAGGUAGUUCUGGUUAUCUCGACAUGAUUGAUCAUGUCGACAACAACAGAGCAGCAGAAUGUGAUGGUAAUUAUCUUGACUCGACUGAAGAUGAUGAUGCUAAAGCAGUAGAAUGUGAUGUUAGAGCGUGUGGGGAUAAUUUUCUUGCCCCAGAAGGAAGACCGAGAGCAGAGACAGAUUAUGUGAUUUCUGAUCUCGAAGGAAGACCGAGAGCAGAGACAGAUUAUGUGAUUUCCGAUCUCGAAGGAAGACCGAGAGCAGAGACAGAUUAUGUGAUUCCCGAUCUCGAUUGCGAACCGAGAUAUUCUCCAGCACCAACUCGUAAAUAAACAAGCGACUCAACGACAGGUGAAUACAUCACUGCAAUGUGAUAUAUCACGCAAACAACAUUGUAAAAUUUAAUGUGAUAAACAUUUCUUGACAUUGUCGAGUUUAUCAAGACGCUAGUUAGCUUAGUUAUUUGUUUUCGUUAGACGUUAAUCAAACAAUGAUCACGAAGCAGAGCUUUUAAAAUUUGUUAAUUUACUAUCUAGAUAAAUGUAAAGGACAGCUUCUGUCUAUCUGUCUGUCUGUCUGUGUAUCGGUAUGUAAGAGCGUAUCUCCAAA